AUGGAGAUCAUUCUCCACUCUCUUUCUUUCUUUCUUUCUUUCUUUCUUCCUUUCUUUCUUUCUUUCUUUCUUUCUUUCUUUCUUUCUUUUCUUUUUUUUUCUUUUCUUUUCUUUUCUUUGUUUCUUUCUUUUCUUUGUUUCUUUUCUUUCUUUCUUUCUUUUCUCUUAUUUUCUUUUUUUUUUUUGCCUUUUAUUCCAGGGAAAAAUUUAUUUUUUAAUUAUCAUUCAUAUCAUGACAUUCUUUCUUUCUUUCUUUCUUUCUUUUAUUUCUCACCCUUGAUCUAUCUUUCAAUCUAUAUAUCUCCAUUCAUAACUAUGCAUGUACAUAUAUAUUUUAUUCUAUUCUAUCUAUCUAUCUAUUUAUCUAUCUAUCUAUCUAUCUAUCUAUCUAUCUAUCUAUCUAUCUAUCUAUCUAUCUAUCUAUCUAUCAAUUUCAUUCAGAUUUCAUUUCAUUAUAUGCAUAUAUCCUAUUCAUAUCUAUUUCGCACACUCUCUGUAUUCAUGACAGUCUAUCCAUCUAACACAGUCUGUUCUUAUCUAUCUAUCUAUCUAUCUAUCUAUCUAUCUAUCUAUCUAUCUAUCGCAGUUUAA